AUGGAAGUGGAAAGGAAGAAUUCUGAUUCAGGCUCAGAGCCCCUUUCUGGGCUCUGUCAUGACUGGCUGCUCCCCAGGACUGCUUCCAAGACUCUCUGGCCGUGUUCUCUUCUGGGUCAGAAAGCCGCCUCUGAGAAUCGGGACAGGGUUCACGGCCCAGUUCUUCCUCAAUGGAACGUGACUACCAGCUUCUGUAGUCUCCAAUGUGCACUGGAUGUGUUUCCUGGUCUCACUGACUCGUCCGUCCUGCUGCUGACAGGAAGAGAGGCCCGGAAAGGAUGCGGUCGGCCCAGCUGGAGAGGAGGUUGCCCAGAAAUGCCAGAUGCUCCUCUUCCAGGGCCUUCCAGCAGCCAGACCACGGUGCUGGGUACAGAGUCCGAGAGAGCCUGGAGCUGCAGCUGCUCCGGGGGGCUUGCAGGGCCCAGGGCCUGUUCCUCACAUCGUCAUGGGGAACCACCAGCCCAUGGCUUGGAGUUAGUGAUGAUUGUGCAGACUGGCAAGUGGACAGGCUGGAAAUCUGAAUCAGAGUUGAAUUUACAGUCUUGA